CACACAGGGGAGGGAAGGGCUCUCCAACAGGAGCAGUUCUGGGAAGUUCUGUGACUUCUCUUGUAGUUAGCUUUAGCUUUAGCUUCGAGAGCACACUCGUCGCUGCCUCGUCGCGUUCGGCGGCGACAAGCUACUCAUGGCGUGGACGUGCUUGACUCCUUGCCUCGUCACCUUCUUCGUCUUGGGAAUCGCAUCGGCCCACGUGGCGCCGCCAAGCGAUGUGAUUCUUUACUGCGGCAACCUGGUCACCAAGGUGGCGUGGCGCUACGACAACCCGCCCGCGGGACUGCGAUACCGGGUGGACAUCGGCAAGGUGUUCAACUCCCAGGGUGACGUCGGUCCGCUGUGGGUGUACCCACCCGACCUCCAGGCGGACUUGUCCUUCCUGUCGGACCAGACGGAGGACUACUUCCUGGCGGUCACCGCCGUCCUCGGGGAGGAGGAGUCGGAGGCGGCUCCCGGCGAUGGCAUCACCUUCAGCUACUACAUGGACUCCCCCGCCACUCAGAAAUGUUCUUUGGACCUCCCCCCUGCAACCGUGUCGGAUCAGCAGGAUAACUCGGUCCUGAUCAGCUUCCAGCAUCCGUGGCUCAAGUACUGGCAGGGGAGGAUGUGGAGGCACGAGAAGCUCGACAACCCUCUGCCCGUCUUCAAAUACGACGUCACCCUCGACAAAAAGCAGUUUGCCGACCUGCGCUGCGCGGAGAAGACGUGCGAGCACACGCUGCCCGUGGACGCCGGCCAGGCGAAACACUGCGCCACCAUCAGGGGGGAGCUGGAGAGGGUCAGCGUUCACGGCACGCAGGACUACUGCGCGCUGCCCGUGCAGGACAACAAACACAUCAUCAUUGCUGUGGUGGUGUCGCUGUUGGUCCUGGCUGUGGUCUCCAUCAUCCUCCUCUUGGUCUUCCUGAAAAAGACCAAAUCCUCAUCCGAUUUGCCGCCCUCACUGGCCUCAAAGCGCUUCAACAGAAUCGUCGAGGAGGAGAGGCCCGACGUGUCCCUGCCGGUUUCUGACUCGUCCACGCCGCUGGUGAUGGUGGAGGGCACGACGGCCGUGUCACCCAUCGAUUCGGAAGCACUCGGAGAGCCGGAGCCGUCCGAAAGGGGCGACGCGAGCGACGCGAGCGACGUGAGCUACGCGGCCGAGGAAGAGCAGCGGCAGGCGUACAUGGGCGGCGAGCAAAUGCAGGAAGACGAGGACACGGCCACCUCGGAGGUACACGCGUAUGAGAGACGCCAGAUCUUUGUCGGCCUGUCGCCCGGCGAGACCAUCGAGGGCUAUCGCAGCUGAAGGGGUGACUUUUCUUCAAAGGGCGCCGCUUAGAUCUUAGCGCCUUAGCAUAGCAUCGGUUGUUAGCAUCAACAAGUCAUCGCUGCUCGCCCGUCCAACCAAACUCCCAACGCAGCUUUGCUUACCUUUUGGAUUGAACGUGACGGCGACGGCGGCGUUUUUCCGACGGCGUAUCUUGAAAGUGGCUCCCGAGCCUCGCUGAUCAAGUCGCGGGCGAAAUCAGAUCUGUGAACCAGUUUACUAUGAUUGCUAAAUCCAAUCAUUCAUAUUUGCACCUCUGUUGUCUUUGAAGUGGUUAGAUGUUGCGCCAAGCCGUAGUCAGACGCUCGUAUUAUUUAUUAACCCCCGCCCCCCCUCCAAGACUUGUCUCACACUGGAUACUUUUCGAGCUGCCAUUGGCCCUCCACUUCCCUGUUCUGUCAUUUAACGAUGAUAUUUGCACGUAGACGGCGAGAGUAGCUUUUUUUUUAAAAAUCCUUUCCUCAAUUCAAUGUUUUUAUUACGGGGGGGGGGGCAAAAUGUGCAAAUCGGGCCGGCACGUGUGUACCGCAGACCCGGCGGCUGAAGAAGUGUGACACGAGGGCUGACAUUUCAGGUCUUCUUCCCCCCGGAAGCAAACGCGACACGCUGGGAUGCCCGGCAGUGAAGCUCGCCUUCCUCUUUACGGGCGACGUCGCCUGCAGGGCGGAAGUGCGGCCGGGCGCGCGCUUCCAGUAACCCGCUUCGCGGGUCGCACUCCGCCUCGUCCGCCGUCCCAUCGUUUUUGUAUUUUUAUUUAUAGAUUUUUGCCAAGUCACCAUUUCUCACGAAUGGAGUCCGUGUUGAAAAAAAACAAAACAAAACACAAUUCGCAUCUGUAAUAUUCAAACAUUUGUCGCAUGUGUAUUUGCAACAAUGGUGAAAGUUGAACAUUUGUCGUCCGGAUGUUUUCAAAAUGUAUUUCAUAUUGGUUGAGAUCAUUGUGUGAAGUCGUCGACAAAAAUAUUUUACGUCUUCCAUCCUAUUUAAGGAUCGGACCUUAACCCCUAAGCCUCGGCCUUAUCCUAAUCCUAACCCCCUAUCCUCAAACCUCUCACUUUUUUUCUUUUUUUUUUGUCACUGGAAUGCGACUGCUUCUUGUUUACGUCCAAAUUUCAUGAAAGGACACUUUCGAAGUGAUUUUUCUCUUCUUGCGUCGAUAACUGCUCCAAACAAGGCGUUUGCAGGAAUACGCCACGUUCCGAUGGCAUGACUCGCCGUGUCUUAUGUGAUAUUAUCGCAUUUCGUUCGUUUAUGUUAAGCGUUCUGUAAAGCGCUUUGUGCUAUAAAAUGUGACUGAAUAUAGGUCAAGAAAAGCCUACCGGAACAGCUGAAGUUAACACGGCCAAUCCUAAAUAAAAUCACUUUGGCAAGUGUG